UCUUCCUCUACGAUUGGAAAAUCCGCUGGCACCUCCCCCCGCACGACGCAUCCAACUCCCAGCCCCCAACUCCCCCCACUCCAUCGCUCCUGCCGCUCCCCUCCUCGCCGGGACGACCCUCAUCUCAGCGGCGGCCAGAUCCGCGCCGCGCAGCUUCCCGCCGCGUUCGACUGGUUCAGGGAUGCGGGCGGUGGGGCGGACGCGUAUCUCUACGACGACCUGGACGUCGUCGCCAUCCCGGCGCUCCUCGACUCCCGCUUCGACGGCGAGAAGGUCGACACUCAACCGCCUCCUCACCCUCAUAUCGCUGGGCUUCUACGUCGACCACCGCUUCCCGCAGGUCCCCAGCCCCCAACUUCCCCCACUCCAUCGCUCCUGUCGCUCCCCUCCUCGCCGGGACGACCCUCAUCUCAACGGCGGCCAGAUCCGUGCCGCGCAGCUUCCCGCCGCGUUCGACUGGUUCAGGGAUGCGGGCGGUGGGGCGCACGCGUGUCUCUACGACGACCUGGACGCCGUCGCCAUCUCGGCGCUCCUCGACUCCCGCUUAGCAUGCAAAAGAACAAUCUUUUGUCCUGCAUGGCCGUGCUGCGGCUGCAGGUACAGACACGUGCCAUGGCUCGCUUAGAUGGUCAUCACGCUAGCUACAUACAUCCUGAAGUAGGACCCCUCAUCAAGAAGAAAUGAAUACUUUUCUACAGGUUUUGAGGUUGCUCCAUGCCAUAUUGUUGAGCUUCGUAAAAAUGGAGAGGGGACUUGCUGCGGAUUCAUCAUCUUUGACCUCACAUCUUGCAAGUGAGGAUAUGAUGUUUUAUGGGCCUCUCGAGAAGUGCCCAAUUUGUGGUGGUCAGCUUGAGUGCAAGGGGUGGAAAUACAAGUGUACUAGCAAAUACAGUGAGUGGCCAAGCUGCAUUUUCAACAGCAAUAGUCCUCCAAGGAAAUAUGAUCCUAUAAAGGUGCCGGAGGAUGUCAGCAAUGGUUUUUUGAACAUGGAAAUGAGGCCACACUCUUCCGGUGGCUGAAGCGGCAAGAAGGGAAGGGGUACCCUAAGCGUGAUGUGGAUGAAGAGGCCCAUAUCUUCUCAGGCAUGAUGGUUGCGCUGUCUGGACGGAUGUCGCGCUCACACAUUCUGAACCAUGGAGGACAAGUGAAUAAUUCCGUGCUUGGUGUCACAUGUGUAGUUGCUUUUCCAGCUGAGAGAGACAAGGGAGGCUGAGGAGGGUUUGCUGAAGCACUAUAAUAAUCCCUUGAUGACCACUUUCUUAUCUUCCAUUGUAGUCCAUGCUGUGUUUAGCACAUAUGAAAGCAGUCCAUUUCUAUUUUUACUUUUAAAAAGGAAUGCUUGCCUGUACAUUACCCUUUCUGAUCAUGUGUUCAUUGCACAAUUGGACCAUGCAUGCACAGGGAGCGCGGAACUCCUGUAGUGAGUGAGAACUGGAUAGUCGAUAGCAUUCAGAAGAAGGAAGCCCAGCCAUUGGAUGCUUAUGAUAUUGUAUCGGAUGUUGUUCCGGAGGGCAGAGGACUGCCGCUGGACAAGCUUGAUCCAAGCGAGGAGGCCAUCAAGACUUUGGCGGCACAGCUGAAACUUGCUGGCAAAAGAUCGGUGCACAAGGACUCUAAACUGGGCAAAGACGGCGGGUGUAUCUUUGAGAAGGAUGACAUCAUCUACAAUUGUGCCUGUUCAAUUUGCGACUUAGGAUCCGAGACUAACCAGCUCUCCAUUAUGCAGCUGAUCAUGCUACCUGAAGAACACCUGCACCUUUUCUACAAGAAGGGUCCAAUUGGCCAUGAUCAUAUGGCACAGGAACGAGUCGAGGAUUUUGGUAACCAUGUCAACGGUGCUAUCAAGGAAUUUGCCCGUCUGUUCAAGGAGGUUACUGGAAAUGAUUUCGAGCCAUGGGAGAGAGAAAAGAAGUUUGAGAAGAAGAGUAUGAAGAUGUACCCCUUGGACAUGGACUAGUCCGUUGCCCGUGCGUUGCUACGGUGCCAUGCAUAUACUCUGGUUCAACACCAGUUCUGAAGUAUACCUUUAGAAUCCUCAUGAAAACUAAACAAUAUUGUUAUCCUUUUCUUUACAAUUAAAUCACUAUUUUCAUUUACCGUCAAUUUAUUUUUAUUUCAUUGAUCUACAGAAAAAUAUAUAUGUGUGCUUGCAUAA